AUGGAGACCCUUGCACAGACAUCCUGGGAUGUUAUUAUCGCAGGAACAGAUCUGGCACAAUCCCUUCUGGCCUUAGCUCUUUCGCGCUCAGGAAAGAAAAUCCUUCAUUUGGACCAAAACCAAUACUAUGGAGGAUCCGAGGCAGCCUUUAGUCUGGACGAGGCCCAGGAGUGGAUGAAUAGUGUCAAUCAACGUCGAGGCCGGUCUCCAUUUGAAGACGUCGAGAUUUUGUCAUACCAGCACUCGCAAGAUCCUGCGCAGCUAGCGUCAGACCCUCCGAAGCUUGCAGCCAGCCGAGCCUAUACCCUUUCUUUAUCUCCAUACUUCCUUUAUACCCGCUCUGCACUAAUCUCUGCCCUCUUAUCCUCGAAGGUCUAUCGCCAGCUGGAGUUCAUGGCUAUGGGAAGCUGGUGGAUCUAUACCCCAGACAGCCUAGCUUCUGAUGGCGAUGACCCCGUUGCCACACGUGCUUUCCAUCGUGUGCCUGGCAACCGAGAAGAUGUUUUCGCAGACAAGCAUAUCAGCAUGAAGUCCAAGCGGGCUCUGAUGCGGUUCCUGCGUCACAUUAGCAAAUCAGAAGACGAGGCACCCGAAGAAGCGGCUGCCGAAGACCUGUCUGUGCCAUUUGGACAAUAUUUGUCGUCUAACUUCAGUGUACCAGAAGAUCUUCAUGAUCCCCUCAUCUCUCUUUCGCUAUCCCAGCUGUCCCGGCAGGAAACAACGGCGAGCUAUGCAGUUCCUCGUGUCAAGCGACAUCUUGCAUCCAUCGGCUCUUUAGGACCUGGAUUCGGUGGCGUAGUCUCCAAGUAUGGCUGUGGAUCUGAAAUUCUCCAAGUUGCCUGCCGUGCAUCCGCUGUAGGUGGAGGCGUCUAUGCGCUAGACACGGGUGUCCAGAAAAUCACCGAUGAAACAUCCGAAGAUGAGUACCCGGUCGAGGUCCAUCUGUCUAAUGGAGAAAAAUUACGCUCCAAGUUUGUCGUUGGCUCUGCUUGGACCCUCUCUGCCGAUACACCAGAGCUAUUUGGCUCCAAGGUUGCACGAUCCGUCAGUGUGGUCUCAUCCGAUUUUGCUUCGCUAUUCCCCGUCACUGUCGAAGGGGCGCCUGUUCCUGCCAGUGCCCUUCUAAUGUUCCCCGGUGACAAAUUGAACAGCCCGCAGUCGCCGCCAGUCUAUCUCCAGAUUCAUUCGAGUGACACCGGCGACUGCCCCCGUCAACAGAGUAUCAUCUACGGCGGCGUUUCAGUCCCAGGGCCAGAAGGACAGGCUCUUCUUGAAUCGGCUGUAAAUAAACUCAUCCAGGCUGAGGGCCCGAAGGCCAUUAUUCUAUGGUCAUUGCGAUAUACCCAGCUUGGUCGACUUAGUAACGACGGCACUCCCCUUGAUAUCGCGUUCGAAGACGAUCUCCUCGACACCGUGAAAGAGUCAUGGCUGAAGGUUGCUGGUGAUGUGGAUCCAAAUGACUUUAUGAUAUUUGAUGACCGCGAAGGUACAUCUGAUGAAUAA